UAAUUUCAGCGCUCAAGUGCAUUCCAAUAUGAGCACCAGCCAGUGGGAAAACAACGAGGAGAUCAAGAUCUUCCGCGAGUACCUUCGCAUACCCACAGUGCAUCCCAAUGUGGACUACACUGCCUGUACGGAAUUUCUUAAACGCCAAGCUGAGAGCCUGGGCCUGCCCGUGGAUGUGAUCUACCCGGUGAACCAGCAGAAUCCCGUGGUGGUGAUGAAAUGGCUCGGUUCCCAGCCAGAGUUGCCCUCAAUUAUUCUCAAUUCUCACACGGAUGUGGUGCCAGUGUUCCCGGAAAAAUGGACCCACGACCCCUUCAGCGCAGAUCUGGACGCGGAAGGCCGCAUCUUUGCCCGCGGCUCCCAGGACAUGAAGUGCGUGGGCACUCAGUACCUGGGUGCUGUCCGUGCUCUCAAGGCCCAAGGUUACCAGCCGAAGAGAACUGUCUACCUCACCUACGUCCCCGACGAAGAGGUGGGCGGACACCUGGGCAUGCGGGAGCUGGUGAAGAGCGAUUACUUUAAGAAGCUCAAUGUGGGCUUCAGCUUCGACGAGGGAAUCUCCAGCGAAGAUGAAAGCUAUGCUUUGUACUACGCUGAGAGGACGCUGUGGCAUCUGCGUUUUAAGAUCAGCGGCACUGCGGGACACGGUUCCCUGCUUCUGCCCAACACCGCUGGUGAGAAGCUGGACUAUGUGGUCCGUAAGCUGAUGGACUUCCGCAAAUCGCAAGUCAAGCGCCUGGCCAAGGACUCCAAUCUAGAGAUAGGCGAUGUCACCACCGUGAAUCUCACCCAGCUGCGAGGCGGAGUCCAGAGCAAUGUAGUGCCUCCCCUUCUGGAAGCUGUUUUUGAUAUUCGCAUUGCCGUUACUGUGGAUAUAGCUGCUUUUGAGAAGCAAAUUCGCGACUGGUGCGAGGAGGCAGGCGGCGGCAUUGAGCUGGAGUUCGAGAUGAAGAAUCCCUUUGUGGAGCCCACAAAGAUUGAUGCUUCGAACGUUUACUGGGUGGCUUUCAAGAAGACAUUAGAUGAUCUUGGCCUUAAGACGCGUGUGCGCGUUUUCCCCGGCGCUACGGACAGUCGUUACGUUCGUCAUGCUGGUAUUCCAGCUCUAGGCUUUUCACCCAUCAACAAGACUCCCCUACUGCUGCACGAUCACGAUGAAUUCCUGCGAGCCGAUACCUAUUUGCAUGGAAUCGAGGUCUACAAGAAGCUCAUUCCCGCUGUGGCAGAUGCCUAAAUAAAUUUGAAAUACAAUUUUAAACGCUCGGAUUUGUCGCCUUGCAUUUAUUAUUUUU